ACGAGUUUGUUGUUGUUAGCGUUUCAAGAUCCUGCAUGACACAUGCAGGCUCCGAAUGGUAGACAGCAGUGUUUAUAGCUGAACUUCACUCGAGUGACAGAGCUGGUGUGGUCGUUUCAGAUCGGGCAAUUGUGAGGAGAAGGACAGUAGCAGCAAGAAGCCAGCUGAGGGGAACUCAAAACUAGGAUUGCAUCAAUCUAAUAUACUUUUUGCUGUAUCUGAUUCUCAAGAUCAAGAAUCUAGAUUAAGGACACAUUCACAGUCAUGUUUGGUGUCUGAGCCUAUAUGUCAGAUGGUUUUCUUCUGUCGUAAAUGACCUGAGGUUACAAUGGGCUCCUUAAAAGCAAAGUAAGAAUAAACAUUACUUACUUAAAAUGACAUAACAAAUGAUUAUGACAUUGCAUGGGAUCCGUCUUCAGCUGUGCGGAUGUAGAGGUCACAUAAUUGGGGAAAUGGGUCUGGUUCUGCCGCUCUGAUUGAGAUCGAAUAUACAGUAUUACCCUUAAGUGGUACGUUAUGUUGCAACGUUGAACGUUGAACGUCUUUAAGCCUGCAGAGUCACCAUGUUGGCUUUUACCACUAAAAUGAAUAGGCAAACACUCACUCACUCAUCUUCUACCACUUUAUCCUCCACAUGAGGGUCACAGGGGGCGCUGGUGCCAAUCCCAGCUGACAUGACGAAAGGCGGGGUACACCCUGGACCAGUCCAUCACAGGGUCAAACAGAGACAAACAACCAUCCACUCUCACGCUCACACCUACAGUCAAUAGUGUCCAAUUUGUCUAAUCCCCAAAUCUGCAUGUUUUUAGACUAGGGGAAAAAACGGGAGAACCCAGAGAAAACCCAUGCACACACGGGGAGAACAUGCAGACUCCAUUUUUUUAAUGGAUAAACCUGGUAAAAAAAAGGGUGACUCCUCAUUCUCCAAUCACAUCAUAUUACCUUAAUUUAUCAUUAUUGUAGUUGCUGAAUAUGUAUUUCUAAGUGUUUGGAUCAUUGACAGUGUAUCAGGCUGUUGUUGCCUUUGCAGCAAAAAGACCAGAGUCCACGAUCCAGUCAGAACAAGAGCCUUUCUACAUGGAGUUUGCAUGUUCUCCACAUGUGUGCGUGGGUUUUCUCCAGUCCAAAAACAUGCAGAGACUAAUUGGAUACGCUAAAUUGACCUAGAAUGUGAGAGUGAGUGGUUUGUCUCUAUGCGUACCUCACCUUUCGCCCUAUGUCAGCUGGGAUUGACACCAGUGACCCUCAUGUGGGGGAUAAAGCAGUAGAUGAUGAAUGAAUGAAUGAAUGACAGUGUAUCAGCUUUACCUGAUAAAUUACCCUAAUCCUAACACUUUUUCUUUGACUGGAUUCAAUUGUAGAGGUGCAGACAUGGCCCUAAAAGUUUCAAAAUAAAACCAUUAGCCUAACCCUUUUGAAAUGUAACUGCAUAUUCGUUAAGGCCACUGGAAAUAGUGGCUUUCUUUUAAACAUGUCAGAGGAGCAGCUCAAACAUGAAAAACGUGAGACCUAUAUGGAAAAAUGGUAAUAAUAAUAAAAAUAAAACUUCAAUCUUGCUUCUUUAUGAGCCAGGACUGCAGACCAGCUGACUGUCUCAUGUGAGGCGGAGUCCUCCCACGUUUUUCUUUUUUUUUUUAGCUUUUUCUCCACAAUCCAGCAUCACUCAGAGAAACAGGCGCGCAAACAGGUCACAGUCCUCAACUCUCCAGAUGGAUGACAAGACGGACUUUGUUGACUGUUGCCUAGAAAGGGCUGAAGUGACACUCGGGAGUUUGGUGGAGUCAUCGUGAGAGUGAAUAGACAUCAACUGUGAGUGCGAGAACAAGUUAGAUCCAUUUGGAAGGAUUUUGACUUUUUUUUGCGCAGAGACGCACUGUGCACAGACAGACGCGCCACUUGGGAACGUAUUCGUCAACGUGUUCCAUUGACUGCAACAACGGAUGAACCUUCUUGUACCUUCAGACACCAGGACAACUCAUAAUUAACAUUCUCGAGUCAGACAUGGAUAUCACCAACGUGUCCUACCAUUUCCCCUCUCUCCUCCACAUGGAAGAGAACCAAGUGAAUGACUUAAUAGAGGAAAACGGAACAUCUUCUUCUGGCGGGGACCAGCACUUUAUGGGCUGCGUGCAGAUCCGCAUCCCUCAGGAACUCUUCUUGGCGCUGGGGCUCAUCAGCCUGGUGGAGAACAUCCUGGUGAUCCUGGCGAUCAAUAAGAACCGCAACUUGCACUCGCCCAUGUACUACUUCAUCUGCUGCCUGGCUGUGUCCGACAUGCUCGUCAGCGUCAGCAACGUGGUGGAGACCAUAUGCAUGCUGCUCCACGACCACGGCCUGCUGGACUUGCACCCAGGUAUGCUGCGCCACCUGGACAACGUCAUCGACGUGAUGAUCUGCAGCUCCGUGGUGUCCUCGCUCUCCUUCCUGUGCACCAUCGCCGCGGAUCGCUACAUCACCAUCUUUUACGCGCUGCGCUACCACAGCGUCAUGACCACGCAGCGCGCCGUCGCCAUCAUCACGGUGGUGUGGCUGGCCAGCAUCACCUCCAGCAUCCUCUUCAUCGUCUACCACACGGACAACGCCGUCAUCGUGUGCCUCGUGACCUUCUUCUGCACCACGCUGGUGUUCAACGCCGUGUUGUACCUGCACAUGUUCCUCCUGGCGCACGUGCACUCGCGGCGCAUCAUGGCUUUCAACAAAAACCAGCGCCAAUCCACGAGCAUGAAGGGAGCGAUCACGCUCACCAUCCUGCUGGGGGUUUUCAUUUUGUGCUGGGGUCCUUUCUUCCUGCACCUGAUCCUCAUCCUCACCUGCCCCACCAGCCCCUUCUGCAACUGUUUCUUCCAAAACUUCAACCUUUUCCUCAUCCUCAUCAUCUGCAACUCGCUCAUCGACCCACUCAUUUACGCGUACCGGAGCCACGAGCUGCGUAAAACCCUGCAGGAGCUGGUGCUGUGUUCCUGGUACUUCGGCGUGUGACAUCAUGUGCAUUGUUAGGGAGAAAAGCGCAAAACUCUGCAGUGUCGCACGUCUCUCCCUCCUGAAUAACGUACAUUAGCGUCUGAAGUAUGAGUUUGGUGCGUGACACUGUCCUCUGGUGCGCGGCACUGUACACUGUAAAAGUUAAGGACUGUGGGUCCGAUGAAGACUUCUGUACAUGUCCUCCUUAUUCCCACGCAUGUCUUCAGAUUUUGUCUUCUUGUUAUAUUACACAGACUGGGUCACUUUUUCAGUAACAUUUUGCAUUAUAGAGUGACAACGUGGUAUUUAUACAGUAAUGAUUUAGUGACAGAGCGGUAAUAUUGUGGUAACAUAGUAUAUUAUUUGUAAUUCACUUUUCUCUGCGUGUAAUAACAAUGGUAAAAAAACAACAACAACAAUAUAGGGCCACAAUUCAUACACAGUCAGUGCCAAAUAAGGACAUGAUAUUAAAGUAAUAUAAGCCUGGUAAUGAGAAUCAUUUUAGGUGAACAUUAAUGUUCUACAUUUACAUGAAAAUAUUAGUGAAUCAAAAUGAAAAUAAGCACAUUAUAUAGAGAUAUUAGAUUUUUUGUUUUAGCACUUAAAUAAUCACCAGUAACUUUAAUGGAAAACAAUAUAUGCAGUUUUAAAAUAACAUUCCUGUGUAUGCUGCACUAAAUGUAAAUGAUUUAGUGUGGCAUACAUUACUCCCUAAUGUUAUUUGUAAAACCUGUGUUUAUCUGCUGUGAAACACCCAGUUUAUUCAUGACAUGAGCAUCACAUACACCUGUUGUAUGAGUUAAACUCCAUACUCCUAAUCUAUAAAUCAAUUCAAUUUUAUUUGUAUAGCGCCAAAUCACAACAUACAUUAUCUCAAGGUACCGUACAUCGAGAGAGAAACCCAACAAUUCAAGCACUAGGCAUCAGUGGAGAAAGAAAAUAAAACUCCCUUUUAACAGGAAAACAGACUCAAAGAUGUGCAGCCAUUUGCCUCAACCGGUGGGGGUGAAAGGAAAAAAUGGGGGACAGUUAUAGGUUAUAAGUGUAGACAGGACAGUUCUGAGUCAGUGAUGACAUGUUUAUAUGUGCAUAAGUGUAUAUACACGUAUAAGACCAACUUUCAGUCACAUCAUCAAUACCUGGUGAUUUCACAGAAAAAGGAUGGUCUUAUCAUAAUAACGCUUCCCUAUUGAAAAAGUAUAUGCAAUCCUCUCUAACGGCCUUAAAUUAAAAGUAAAUGUUUAUGUUUAGAAAAUAAACGUGAACAAACGUCUCCAAAGGCGGCCCACAUGACCACGGGGCGAUGCUUAACACCACAGACUUAAACAUGUGAGGCUGCGGAGACAAUGUGACAGAGAGACGAUGACCACUUGAGGUGCACUCUUUCAGGAUCCUGAGGCCUUUUUUUCUAUGGCCCCCACCUCCAUCUGUGAAACAAACAGAAUUGUAUAGCGAAUACUGUUGAAGUGACUGCUGCUAAAACAAUUUUUUCCCCCUCCCCUCAAGCUGUUAUAAAAGGAAAGCUUUGUAUUUAGUCAUGGUCGGAUGUUUUUGGUGUUGUGUGAGAAUUACUCCCUCAAAACUAAGCGUGUGAAAGACUGGAGGGGGAAAAAAAAACAUAAAAUCACAUCACAUGAACGGCCUAUGUUGUUGUUAGGAGGGGUUUUUACAAAAUAAAUAUUCAAGUCAGGAUUCUGAAACGUUAAGAGGGGAAAGAAGGUCAGGUUUCUAAAGAAAGCCUGUGAGAAUUAUGUCAUUUUUUUAAAAUAUCUGAAUUAGCCAAGUCUGGAAAUUAAGCUACUGUAAAAUGCAGUGUAAAUGGUUUGUAUUUAUACAAACCAUUAAAACUAUACAAACAUUAUGUCUUUCGCUUUUCUAGUCUUGAUGACCACUGAAAGCUGCUUUACACUACAGUUUUGCCAUUCACCCAUUCACUCACACUACAGUUUUGCCAUUCACCCAUUCACACCCAUUCACUCACACUUUCAUGCAGCACAUCUACUGUAUAUACACAUCCUUCAUACCCAAUCACACAUCGACAUGUAGAUUAGCAGUGCCAGGAAUCAAACCCACAAACUUCCAGUUGAAAGACGACCCACCAUCGUCCUUGUAAUGUAUGUUAUACUCUGGAGAUGAAGCUUAUAAUUUCACUUUAUUGUUUUAAGAUAAUUGUACUUUAUCCCUAUCCUAAAAUAUUUAUAUUCAUCCACUAAAAAUCCUUUUUUUUUUUCUGGGUUUAUAAGUCAAAUGUCUCUCAGAUCCCAUGACAAGACUUUCUGCUGAUGCAAAAAAUAGCCUCCGUAGAUGAUGAGAAACCGUGCUUUGAAAAAUGUGCGUGUUACUACUGAAGAUGGUGAAGGCAACAACAAUGUGCUGCCUAUUCUUACUGUAUCUGACUCCCUUCCUUCUUCCCUUCUGUCCUCUAUUUUAUUUAUUUCUUUAUUUUCUUUGGCACGAGAUGAAGGUGUAGCACAUCAAUGUGACACAACUGUGAUAUUGUUUUGGAUUUAAUUGGCGUUAUGUCCGGACUUGAUGCGAAGGAGUUAUUUCUGAACCAUCAGUAAUGUGAUAUAAAACGAUCUCCAGCUUGACAUAAUGUGGCUGACGUGUGUAGAUUGGUUGUUGGGGAUCUACUGCAUAAGAAUGAUCUACUUAGAGUCUUGGUGCUCACUUAAUUUCCUUCAGUAAAUCGGAAUUAAAAUACAUCGUAAAUUAUAAAUAUAACAAACAGCCGCAGCAUAUGUUGACUUGAAGAUGUUGAAUGCACAUGUUUGUGUUAUAUAUGUAAUCCUUUUAUGUUUGUCUGCCAAAUAAAGGGCUCCAUGCAAGAAAAGCUUCUCUAAUACAUGUUACUUCACAUCAAUUAUUAUCAAUUAUCACACGCACAUGAAAAAGAUUACAAUCUAUAUUUCUGUUAGAAAGGUGGCUGUGC